CCUGUUAGCCUGUAUGACAGCUGUCUUGUGCGCUCCUUACCUUGACACUGUUUUUGUUGUUAUUUCUCUUUUUAUUUUAUUGAUUUAAAAAGAUCCUUUUUGUCGUCGGCUCCGGACCAAAACAUGGACAAGUACGAGAAGGUGUUGUGUUUGGGCCGGGGAGGGGCAGCGGACGUGUUCCUGAUGAGGCACGUAGAGAGCAAGAGCCUGCACGCGGUGAAGAGGAUCAAAAUAGAGGACACAAGGACAACCAAAACCCAAAGCGCAAUUCUCCAAGAGGCUAAGAUCAUCAGAAGGCUGGAGCACCCUCACGUAGUCCAGUGCAGCGACGCCUUUGUGAACUGUGAUGGAUUCAUUUACAUUGUGAUGGACUACUGCGACGGAGGGACAUUGGAUGACAAGGUGAAACAGAGGAACCCCGGGGAGUUUUUCACCGAGGACACUGUGAUGGGGUGGUUUGUACAGGUCGCCGUGGCUUUAAAUUACAUACACGUGGCUAAGAUACUACACAGGGACAUCAAAACAUCCAAUGUACUGCUUACAAAGCAAGGCCUGGUGAAGUUAGCGGACUUUGGGAUAUCCAGAGUAAUGGCCAACACAGCUGACAUGGCCUCCACAUGUGUUGGGACACCGAGCUACCUCAGUCCUGAGCUGUGCCGGGAUGUCCCGUACAGCACCAAGUCUGAUAUCUGGGCUCUUGGCUGUCUGCUGUAUGAGAUCUGUGCUCUCAGGCCUCCGUUUGCAGCCAGGAACCUCCUGAGUCUGUUCUACAAGAUCACCAAAGGAGAGUACGACCCCGUGCCCAGCAUCUACUCUGACAACGUCUCCUCUUUGAUCCAGAGAAUGCUCUGCCUCAACCCAGAAAACAGGCCAAGGGCUGCCUGCAUCCUGGACAGCACAUAUAUGCAACAUCACCUCGAGUCUACCAAACACACAGAGACCGACCAUGUUCCUGUGGAAAGCUGUGACAUUACGGAAGAAGAAAUCACAGACACCACACUUCAACCAGAUGUUCUAAGUCAGCCCCAACAAAACGAACACAACCUGUGUUCCAGUGAUGCGGAGGAGGAACAUCAUGGUGCUUUGUGUGUUGGAGGACAAAACCACUGUGACUGGCACUAUCCUGAGGACUUUGAUGAAGACGAAAGUGUGUCCUCUCUUGAGGAGUGCAGUGAGCACUCUGGGUCGCCAAUGAGCAGCGAUUCUGCUGAGCCAACUGUACUUCCAGAGGCUCCUAAUGUCUUAGAACAAGUUGAGUAUCCAGAUGACUUUGAGGAAGAAGAGUAUGAGGAUGAAGCGGCCUUAGUUCACACAGUUGCUCCUCCGCAGCCACAUGAUGAUGCAGUGGAGGAGGAGUUUCAGCUCUGCGAUGCUGGAGGAUUGACAAUCACCCUGAAAGCACUGAAGGAAAAGGGCUAAAAACGAACAUAAAAACCUUACAUUGCAAUGGGCCACAAUGUGAAUAAAGGGACCAAAGCAGCUGAACCACUUACAUAUCUGACAAGUGCCUUGAUCGUGAAGCGAUUUAUGCAAUUGCUGUUAAUACGGACACCAGGCCUUCCAUGUUUGAGAGACAUCGUAGUGCUGAAAUAAGAUGUUAAAACACUUGGUGGGGCUAGAGAGAAUGAAUGUAGUCCUGCUCAGCGUGUGCUGCAAGUGCAGCUGUUCAGUGACCUUAAUAUUCCUGAACGAGGUUUCUGAUUCGCGUCAUGGAGCAAUGGUAAUGUUGAAUGAAUAAAGUGAUUGGACCUUUCUAUAAAUAGAACUUUCUUUUAACAAAUUGUAUAUUCAACACAAGCCUGUACAGUAUUUCGAAUCACUUGGAUUAUUUCAUUCUUACAGUAAAAAUCAGUA